AUGCCAGGCAACCUCACUGUCUCAAACAACACCGUGCUAGUUCUGGGUGCUGAGAUUAACACCGCACAAACCCGGGACACUGACUAUAACUUCCCUGCUCUGAUACUCGGAAUAUUGCUAAUUGUGGUCAUCAUUUGUGGAAAUCUGCUUGUGUGCCUUAGCGUGUACAGGGAAAAAGCUUUGAAAACUACAACCAACUACUUCAUAGUCAGUCUGGCUGUGGCUGACUUGAUGUUGGCAGUUUUGGUUUUGCCACUGUUUAUAUAUGUGGAGUUCCAGGAUGGUCUAUGGUCACUGAACAUGCACAUCUGCGAUGGCCUGAUGACCAUGGACGUGAUGUUGUGUACAGCCUCCAUAUUCAACCUCUGUGCCAUCAGCAUCGACAGGUUCAUCGCUGUCUCCAUCCCAUUCAACUACAACCGUAAGCACGUGGACCAGAGACAGAUCUUCCUGCUCUCCGCCACGUGGAUCCUGGCCUUGGCGGUGGCCUCGCCCGUCAUGUUCGGCAUCCAAAACGUCCCCCAGCGGGACCCAACAGAGUGUAAGCUAGAAGAUGACAACUACGUGGUGUAUUCCUCUGUCUGCUCCUUCUUCAUCCCCUGCCCCAUCAUGCUCCUCCUCUACUGCGGGAUGUUCCGGGGCUUGAGGAGGUGGGAGGAGGCGCGCAAGGCCAAGCUGAGGAGCAGCAUCCAGGCCUGUAGGAAGUUCCAGGAGGCUGCUGCCUCCUUGCCCCCACUGGCCUCCCUGCCUCCUCCUCUGCCCCCUGUUAUCAAGCGGGAUGAGCUGACAGACAUGAAGCGGGAGCUAAAGGAUAUUAACCUGGAGGAGCUGGACCCUUACCCCCUAGAGUCUCCAGACGGCCCCUAUAACAACUCUUCACCAGACACUCCAGACUUUCCCUAUAACUCCUCAACAACUCCAGAGUACAAGGAUGGUCCUGUGCCCACUGUGAUGGCCUACUGUAACAUUAAGCAUAACCUCCACCUCACACCAGACUCUCACAAGAAGAAGAGGGCCAAGAUUAAUUGCCGGGAGAGGAAGGCCAUGAAAGUGCUUCCUGUCGUUGUGGGUGUCUUCCUGUUCUGCUGGACCCCGUUCUUCGUGGUCCACACCAUGCGGGCCCUGUGUGCCACCUGCUUCAUCCCCCCCGCCCUGAUGAGCAUUGUCACCUGGCUAGGCUACGUCAACAGCGCCCUCAACCCCAUCAUCUACACGGUCUUCAACACAGAGUUCAGGAACUACUUCAAGAAAUUCAUCCACAGCUGCUGUACAUACCGGUAGACAAGACGGCACAGCUAGCCUGGUUCAGAUCUGUUUGUGCCGUCUCGCAAUCUCUUAUGGUCAACUCCUAUGGCAACGUCAGUUGGCAACACAGCACAAACAUAUCUGGGGCCAGGGUAAGCUACCGCCGCCAAUAAAUGGACAAGAAAGCACAAAUGAUACCAUUGUAUAGAUGUGACAAUAUCAAAUCUGAGGUUUGCUGUAGAGCAUAACUUGCCAUUGCAUAUUUUUCUCCCAAUUGGGAUUUUAUUUUUGUACAUAAUGUUUUCUGUUGAUUUACGCUUGUGAUUUAUCUUAUUGUGACAGCAAUGUUUGUUUGUCAGCUGGCCAUAUGCCGUUUCAAUGUUUAUUGUGGAAAUCUUUGUGGUGAGGAAUAGCAUUGAAUCCAUUCAACUGAAAAAGAUAUUCAGAAAUAGAAGCCAUUUCUGAGGUUAUUAGAGGUAACUGAAUGUGUACAAAAUGAAUCUUUAAGAUUAAAUGUUUUUUUUCACUUAAAA